UUUUUUUAUUUUCCACCAGGGCCUCUAGCUGUCACUUAAGACUUGAGUAUAGAUACUGCUCUCUCAAGGACAAACAGGAAAAGAAACUUAUCGGGUUUUCUUUCCUCAAUCUCAUGCAUCAGAAUGAAACUGUGAUUUGUGAUGGAAUACACGAUCUACCGAUCAUCAGAUGUGAUCCUACCGAUACCCUCCACCCUGCCAUAUACCUCGCAGCUUCAGAACAAGAUCUUGAGUCGAACAGACAACUUAAGGAAUAUGUGAGAGUAUCAACCCUCCUGUGUUCAACCAAAUUAACCCAGAACCCGGACCUUAUGCAUCUUCUCAAAUGGCGAAGUCAUCAGGACCGAAUACCAGAUAUACUGACCAAGGUGAUGAAAACACCCGGAGAGGAAAUAGUAAAAUUUCUUCAAGAUAUUCUUGGUAAUUUAUUUUAA